AUGGUUUUAUCAAGGAUUGCCAGGAAUGGACUCAGAAGAUCAGGUAGCGCAUUCAGUAAACAUUCACACCAGAAGGAUCCAUAUCCCCAAGGAGCAUCAACAUAUAAAAGCUUCAACACUACCACUACAAAUGGCUCUGUCUUGAACCUUCCUCAUAUUGAAAGAGUGAAUCACGUGAGUUUCUGGAGCAGGGGAAUAAGUAUAACGCCACAGCGCCAAUUCCAAUCAGCUGAAAGAGUUGUAGAAGAGUCUGAUUUAGAGAGUGAUGAGCCAUCUUUUGGACCUGGACUUGAAGCAACCAAGCCAGGGGAAAAGCCAAGGGUGGUUGUCCUUGGCACUGGCUGGGCUGCAUGUCGUUUCCUCAAGGGAAUUGACACAAAGGUUUAUGAUGUUGUCUGCAUAUCACCUAGAAAUCACAUGGUAUUUACUCCUCUUCUGGCUUCAACUUGUGUUGGAACCUUGGAAUUUCGCUCUGUAGCUGAGCCUGUCAGUAGGAUACAAACUGCGUUAGCAAAGGAUCCCAAUUCAUACUUUUAUCUGGCUUCUUGCACUGGUGUUGAUACAGAUAAACACGAGGUGUUCUGUGAGACUGUUAACUAUGGUGAACUCCCUCACGAGACUUACCAAUUUAGAGUUGCUUAUGACAAGCUUGUGAUUGCUGUUGGAGCUGAGCCCUUGACUUUUGGUGUCAAGGGAGUCAAAGAACACGCCUUUUUCCUCCGUGAAGUAAAUCAUGCUCAAGAAAUUAGGAAAAAGCUUCUUUUAAAUCUAAUGCUCUCUGAAAAUCCAGGUCUAUCAGAAGAAGAAAAGAAACGCCUUCUCCACUGCGUGGUGAUUGGAGGCGGACCGACAGGCGUUGAGUUUAGCGGCGAAUUGAGCGAUUUCAUCAUAAGGGAUGUUCAAGAUCGCUAUGCUCACAUUAAAGACGACAUUAAAGUUACACUGAUUGAGGCAAAUGAGAUUCUGUCCUCCUUUGACUUCGGGCUGCGGACCUAUGCAGCAAAGCACUUGACCAAGUGUGGCGUUCGGCUGAUGCGAGGUGUUGUGAAGGAAGUGCUUGCCGAUAAGAUAGUUCUGAGUGAUGGUACUGAAGUUCCGUAUGGCCUCUUGGUCUGGUCUACAGGCGUUGGCCCCUCUGAAUUUGUGAAAUCACUCCAUCUUCCAAAGGCCCCUGGUGGAAGGAUUGGUGUAGAUGGAUGGAUGCGAGUUCCUUCUGUGGAAGAUGUUUUUGCACUUGGGGAUUGUGCCGGUUUUCUUGAACAAACAGGAAAACCAGUUCUUCCUGCUCUAGCUCAGGUUGCAGAGAGGGAAGGGAAGUAUCUUGUAGAACUGUUCAAUAGCAUUGGAAAACAGAACGGAGGCAAGGCUUUGAGUGCAAAAGACAUCCCUUUGGGUGACCCUUUUGUGUAUAAACAUCUAGGAAGCAUGGCAUCAGUUGGUCGCUACAAGGCUCUUGUCGAUCUACGCCAGUCCAAGGAUGCAAAAGGCAUAUCACUAGCAGGGUUCUUGAGUUGGCUCAUAUGGCGAUCUGCAUAUCUGACUCGUGUAAUCAGCUGGAGAAACAGGUUUUAUGUGGCUGUCAACUGGGCUACCACUCUUGUAUUCGGCAGAGACAACUCCCGGAUCGGUUAAACUUCACCAAUAACCACAAAAUUCUUUUAGUUUUUCCUCUUUUUUCUGUUACCCAUUUCUUAGAAUUAGACAGAUUUGAUUCUUUCAUUUUUGGUGUUUCUCCCCCAAUUCAUAGAGAAAAGUUGAAGGAUAGAGAAAAGUUGAAGCAUUACAAGGAAUAGUUGAAAAGUUAUAAAAUUGACAUUGAUAUCACUACAAAUUUACAA